AUGGUGCUGUGGUUGGCGGUGUUGCUGGUGGUCGUGGCGCUUGGUGGACCCCCCGUGCCGGUGGACGAGUCCUCAGGGGACGAGUCCGCGGCCGGGGAGCAGGAGGUCGAUGGUUACUUGUUGUGGUGGCUUCACCGGCUCGCCAGUGAUGACCCCCCGCUCAUGACCGAGGUCGACGUCCAAUCCCCGCCCGAGGUCGACAUCCAGUCCCCGCCCAUGGCCGAGGGCGACAUGCAGUACUCGUCGUCGGACAACUCCGAGGCAUCGUCCUCCACUUUGGCGGAGAACCAAGUGGCGGCGAGUGUCCAGCAAGCUCGCGAGGCUGCUCGCCUCGAGCAUCUGCAGGCCCAGGCCAGAAGCAAGCAGCUGGAGGAGGAUGAGCGACGACUGAAGGAUGAGGAAAGCCGCAGACAGGCGGACGCUGCGCGGCAACAACGCCGGACACUGGACCGCCGGCACCGCGAGGCGGAGCAGGCGGAAACUCGACGACAGAAAGACCAGCAGAGACUCACGAAGCAGGCGGAAGAGCAAGCCCGACAACAGGAAGCCGCCAGAGCCGAGGCUGACUGUAUGAUCCAACAAGCGCACCGAGAAGGAACUGAACUGCCGACCCUCAUUCGACUGUCGCUGUCCACCAAUGAGCUCUUGGAGUCGUCCCGCGAUAUGUACAUGGUCUUGCACAGAUGUUUGAGCCAGAUGGAAGAGAACAAUGAGCGGACCGCUGCCAACCUCCAGAAUGCUUUGACGGUGUCAUUGGACCGCCUCGCGCAGCUGGUUGGUUCACAGCUUGCUUCCACGCUCCCCAGCCGUGGCGCAGUAGCCGGAUGGGCUGAUAAAGAGGGCGACGAGCUCAAUCGGCUGCGGAGAGUGCUGAGCAGCGAUCGGUCAUGGGGCCUUGGAUCGGCCGCUCCAUCUUCUUUCUUUGCCCACCCGCGCCGUGGAGUGCGGCUCCCACCCUUUACCAGCUCCGCCUUUUAG